AUGCUGGACUCCCUUUUGCAGCGCUUCUUUGCCCACGCCAGCACUGCCGGAAAGGAAGACGACAGCCCGAACCAAUCGGCGCACCAGGCGUCUCAAGAGACAGCGUUCACCCGCGAAGCCGAAGUGGAAGGCUGGGUCUUUCUGGCGGAGGAGAGACACUCGGAACCAGGCAUCAAGACGCGCAGCUAUGCUGAUGUGGUAGCUGGAAGAACAUGA